AGGUGUACUUGCAAGCCAUUGCCCAAGCGAGAUUGCGCAAGAGUGUCCAUGUGCUCUGUUUUUGCGUUGAAGGCUUUAGGACAAAGAAACAAUGCCGAAAGGCAAAAAACAGAAGAAAGCAAACGACGACGAUUGGGAGAACGACCUUGAAGCUAUAGCAGCGGAGGCUGGAAUCGAUAGGAGUGAUGCGGGAAACACAGAUGUAUUUACGGCUCUUGUGGUGAGUAAAAAGGAGAAGAAAAAGAAACAGAAGGAAGGAGAUGAUUGUGGUGAGGAGAAGAUAGAAGUUAAUGAGGGAGAAACAAGAGAGUCUCAGGAAGAGCCUAAAUCGCAUAGAAGUGACGCUGUUGAUUCGUGGGAAGAUAUUGCAGAGAAUGGAGAUGAUGACAUUGUAAAUGCUAGAAGAACCAAGGAAACGACAGCUGAUGAAAGUCACAGCCAACAGCCAGAUAAAUAUGAAACAAAAUCAGAACUUCCUGCUGCUGUUGCUGAACUUGAUGUCGAGGCUGUUGCUGAACCUGAUGCCAAUCCAGCUGAACAGAAGACAGUAAAGACAGCUGCACAGAAGAAGGCAGAGAAAAAAGAACGAGAGAAGAAAAAGCGAGAAGCUCAACAAACAAAGCAAAAGAAGCACGGGCAGCAAACUGAUGAAUUGGAAAUUGCAGAAAGAGAACCAGCUGUGGCAGCCGCUGCAGUUUCUGUCGUGGAUGAACUUGAACUUCCUGUUGCCAAUGAGCAUCCUACUGUAAGGCAAGAUCAAGACAAUGCAGAAAGAGACGACAAGAAAAAGAAGAAGAAGAAAAAGAAGCAGGACAAAGAGACGACAGAGGUGGCAGUAGUGGAAGAAGCAGAGUCAAUGGUUGAAGGAAAACAGGCUGAUGUUGAGGAGGAUGUUGACGAGGAGGGUGGAGAUGAAGACGACAAAAAGAAAAAGAAGAAAAAGAAAAAGAAAGGAGAGAAAGAGAAGGAAGUGACUGCUGCAAAAGGAAAGGGAAAGAAGGGACAUCUUGCAAUGGUGCAACAGAUCAGAGAGGUUCAAGAGAAAUUGAAGCAAGAGGAGGAACGCUUGAAAGCAGAAGAAGAAGCACGACAGAAAGAGCAAGAGGAAAAGGAAAGGCUAGAACAGGAAAAGUUGCGAUUGGAACAAGAAAGAAAAGAAAAGCGCAAGCAGAAGAAGAAGGAGAGAGAGGAGCGUCUGAAACGAGAAGGAAAGUUGCUCUCGCAAGCCGAGAAAGAUAAACGCGCUCGUCAACAACAGUAUCUUCAGACACUGAAAGCUCAAGGUGUGCACAUUCCUGGCUUGGCAGAGCAAGGGCAGGGUGGUGAAGAUCGGCGUAGAGUGAAAUACGAUCGACGGAGACGACAAAAACCGGGACAAAAGCCAACAGAAGGGACGUCACAGAAUAAUAGCGAAGAGGUGACACCGAAUACGAGCGAAGAGACACUACAGACUACGAGCGAAGAGACACCACAGACUACAAGCGAAGAGAGGGGUACAGGACAGCAAGGAGAAGAAACAGGCCAACGUGAAGGUGUACCAGCGAAAGAGGAAUCAUUGUCAGAAGAUGAGGUGAAAGACAACUGGGACGAUGUCAGUGAUGACGAGCCAGAAGUUGCUGCUGUGAGAGAUGAACAGAAAGAAAAGUCUUCUCGAGAGGAAAUGGCAGUUAACAAAGAAGUGGUAGUUGGUGAGAAGGUAGCUGAUACACGGAUAAGCUCGGAUGAGAGUAGUAGCAGCGAGGAGGAAAGUUUGAGUCAAGAGGAGAGUGACAGUGAAGAUGACAGCAGUGACGAAGAAGACAAACAGACGGCUGCUGCUAAAGUCAAAGCUCGAGUGCAAGCACGAAUUCAGAAACGGAGAGAAGAAGCUGAAAAGAAUCGAAGCAAGGACAGACUACGAGCUCCAGUAGUUUGUGUUUUAGGCCACGUUGACACGGGAAAGACAAAAAUUCUUGAUAAGUUGCGGAACACUAAGGUUCAGGACGGAGAAGCUGGUGGUAUUACACAGCAGAUUGGCGCAACAAAUAUACCUGCCGACUCACUACGAGACAUGACAAAGCACAUAAAGGAGUUUUCUAAGGCAGACAUAUUGCUUCCCGGUCUUCUCAUCAUUGAUACACCUGGUCAUGAGUCAUUUAGUAACCUUCGUACACGUGGCUCAUCACUUUGUGAUAUCGCCAUAUUGGUUGUUGACAUCAUGCAUGGCUUGGAGCCGCAGACUUUGGAGUCGCUGAGUCUUCUCAAGCAGAAGAAGACGCCAUUCAUUGUCGCUUUGAAUAAGAUUGAUCGGUUGUAUGAGUGGCUGCGAAAUCCACACCAGUCGGUCACCAACACAAUCAAGAAGCAGAAGGCACACACGCAAGAAGAAUUUCGAGAGAGAGCGCAGGAAGUCAUGCUUCAGUUUUCAGAGAACGGUAUGAACACUGCGUUGUUCUACGAGAACAAAGAUCCUCGUACGUACGUGUCCUUGGUGCCGACGUCGGCGAUAAGCGGUGAUGGAAUGGGCGACUUGAUUGGUCACAUUGUAGAGCUAAGUCAGAAGAUGCUAGCUCCAAGACUCGCAUAUUCAGAUGAACUACAAUGCCACGUUAUGGAGGUAAAGGUUAUUGGGGGAUUGGGAACGACUAUUGAUGUUAUACUCGUAAAUGGCACUUUGAACGAGGGAGACACGUUGAUAUUAUGUAGCCUGGAUGGUCCGUAUGUGACUCAAGCUCGAGCUCUAUUGAUGCCACAGCCUCUCAAGGAGCUGAGAGUGAAGAACGCGUGGGUGAAUCACAAGCAAAUUAUGGCAGCCCAAGGCGUGAAAUUGUGCGGUAAAGAUCUGGAACGAACUUUGGCUGGAACUCAAGUGCUAGUUGCUCAACAACCAGACGAAAUCGAGGUUCUAAAGGAAGAAUUGCAAGCAGCAAUGAGUGAGGAGUUGAAGUCUAUCAAGCUGUCAGAGAAAGGUGUGUAUGUACAAGCAUCGACAUUGGGAUCUCUGGAGGCACUUUUGGAGUUCUUGAAGACUUCUAAAAUUCCAUAUUCUGGGGUGAAUAUUGGCCCUAUUCACAAGAAAGAUAUCAUGAAGGCGUCAGCAAUGCUGGAACAUGAUGAACAGUAUGCUGUUGUGUUAGCAUUUGAUGUGCGAGUUGAGCGAGAUGCUCAAGAAAUGGCUGAGAGCCUUAAAGUCAAAAUUUUUACUGCCGACAUCAUCUAUCAUCUCUUUGACCAGUUCACAGCAUACAGAGAAGAGUAUAAACAGCGGAAGCAGGAGGAGUAUCGGCAUAUUGCGGUGUUUCCGUGCAAGCUGCGGAUAUUGCCGAAUUGUAUAUUCAAUACGAGAGAUCCGAUUGUUGUUGGUGUGUAUGUGGAGGCUGGAAUUCUGCGAUCAGGGGCACCUCUUUCGGUUCCGAGUCGAGAAUAUAGAGACCUCGGUAUCGUUUCAAGUAUAGAAGCGAAUCAUAAACCCAAAGAAAGCGCUCGAGCCGGCGAAGAAGUAUGCAUCAAGAUCGAGCCCCUACCCGGAUCAACACCCGAACUAUACGGUCGACAUUUCACACACGAGGACUUACUCGUCAGCAGAAUAAGUCGAGAGUCUAUCGAUGCUGUCAAGAAUUAUUUUCGUGACGACAUGCAGAAGAGUGACUGGCAUCUGAUGGUCGAACUAAAGAAGACGUUUAAGAUUUUGUAGCUGGCCACGUUGCGGCACUAUAGUUAGGAUAUUUAAUUGUCUUAUAGAUCACAUUAGAUAUAAGGGGUAAUAUAGCUUGUACUUCCGGGUACUUUGGUAGUGACCAUAUUUGGUUUUAGACACGCCCACGCUCGCAUGCC